AUGAUGGGCUCUCUCACAGCCUCUGGCUCUCGAGCAACCCAGAUCUUUUCCCGCCGUGGCCAAUCCGCACUAGUACAUGGCUCCAGGAUCAUUUUGUGGGAUAUCACCAGCAAUGUGUGGCAUAAGGAAACAAACUCCGACGGCUAUGUCAACGUCGGAGUCGCCGAGAACACUCUGCUUCAUGAUAUUUUGCUGGACUACAUCCACGCCAACAUCAGGCUGACAGCCAACUACAUCACCUACAAUGACGGCAGCAUGGGAUCCAACAGACUCCGACAAGCGGUUUCACACUUCAUGAACCGCCAUCUGAAUCCCGUUCUCCCUGUGGAACCGCAGCAGAUCGUCAUAACCAACGGAUGCUCUUCAGCCAUCGAGCAGCUCAGCUGGGCAUUCAUGGAGCCCGGCGAAGGCAUUCUUUUAGGCAAACCCUACUACGGCACGUUCAUUGCGGACUUGUCGCUUCGCCCGGGUGCGGUGGUUGUUCCCGUCGACUUUGGCGAUAUUGAUCCCCUGGGUCCGCAGGCUGUCUCACAAUACGAGAGGGCUGCGAUGGAGUUUGAGAGGCGCACGGGGAAACGUGUCAGGGCCUUCAUGCUCUGCCAUCCGCACAACCCUCUUGGCCGUUGCUAUCCCCGGUCAGUCAUCGCCGACCUGAUGCGAAUGUGCCAGGCCCGACAGCUGCACCUGAUUAGUGAUGAAAUCUAUGCCAUGUCCGUCUGGGACAAUCGCGUGGACACCGACGUGCCACCUACUCGGUUUGAAUCUGUCCUGUCGGUUGACACAGCCGGUUUGAUCGACCCUGAUCUGGUGCAUAUCAUCUGGGGAAUGAGCAAGGACUUUGGUGCCAACGGUCUGCGCUUGGGAGCCAUCGUCUCCCAGUCGAGUCCUGAGCUGCAGAUGGCUCUCAAGGCCAUGUCUCUGUAUUCCUAUGUUUCUGGUCUUUCCGAUCAGAUCACCUCGUCUCUGCUGCUCGAUGAUGCGUUCACAGAUCGCUAUAUCCAACUGAAUCGCGAAAGGCUGUCUGAAGCCCACGCAUUCUUCGUCCAACUACUCUGGAAAUAUGAUAUUGAAUACAUAAGAGGAUGCAAUGCUGGCUUUUUCGUGUGGAUUAACCUCGGCAAGAAGUACCUCGAGGCCAACCCUGGAAAAGCGGUAGGGGGCGGUACUGCCCUGACUGAUAUGAUCAUGCAGAAGUUGUUAGAUAAGAAAGUCUUUUUGGCAAGUGGGACGAGCUUUGGGUCGGAGAAGCCGGGUUGGUUCCGGGUGGUUUUUGCGCACCCAUUGCCUUAUCUGGAAGAGGCAAUGAAACGAAUUUUGCUGGCCGUUGGACCGGAGGUUUAA